AUGUUCCUGGUGCGGGUAAGGGACGCAAACCUGCAAGUCCCACAGCCUUACUACAGCCUCUAUACUACCUCCAAACAGCCUCCCUACUGCAUCCACACUGCCUCCUUACAGCUUCCCCACAACCUUUCCACAGCCUCCACAGUGCUUCCCCACAGCCUCCCCAGAACCUCCCCAAUGCCUUCACACUGUCUCCCCACAGCCUUUACACAACCAUCCCACAGCCUCCACACUGCCCCCACCAACAACCUCCCUACAGCCUUCCCCUUCCCAAUGCCUCCUCACAGCCUCCCCACUUUCAUCCCACUGCCUCCCCACUACCUUCCCACCGCCUCUCUACAGCCUCCACACUGCACCCACCAACAAACUCCCUACAGCCUUCCCCUUCCCACAGCCUCCUCACAGACCCCCACUGCCUCCCCACUUCCUUCCCACUUCCUUCCCACCGGCUCCCAACUUCCUUCCCACCGCCUCCCAACUUCCUUCCCACUGCCUCCCUACAACCUCCACACUGCCUCCCCGCUUCCUUCACACUUCCUUCCCACCGCCUCCACACUGCCUCUCCUCUACCUUCUCACUUCCUUCCACUGCCUCUCCACUUCCUUCCCACAGCUUCCCUACAGCCUCCACACUGCACCCACCAACAACCUCCCUACAGCCUUCCCACAGCCUCCCAUUUCCUUCCCACUGCCUCCCCACUUCCUUCCCACCGCCUCCCUACAGCCUCCCCAUUGCCUCCACACUCGCCCCCACUGCCUCCCUACAGCCUCCCCAUUGCCUCCCUACAGCCUCCACACUGCCUCCCCGCUUCCUUCCCACUGCCUCCCUACAUCCUCCCCACUGCCUCCCUACAGCCUCCACACUGCCUCCCCGCUUCCUUCCCACUGCCUCCCUACAGCCUCCCCACUGCCUGACUACAGCCUCCACACUGCCUCCCCGCUUCCUUCCCACUGCCUCCCUACAGCCUCCACACUGCCUCCCCGCUUCCUUCCCACUGCCUCCCUACAGCCUCCCCACUGCCUCCCUACAGCCUCCACACUGCCUCCCCGCUUCCUUCCCACUGCCCCCCUACAUCCUCCCCACUGCCUGACUACAGCCUCCACACUGCCUCCCCGCUUCCUUCCCACUGCCUCCCUACAUCCUCCCCACUGCCUCCCUACAGCCUCCACACUGCCUCCCCGCUUCCUUCCCACUGCCUCCCUACAUCCUCCCCACUGCCUCCCUACAGCCUCCACACUGCCUCCCUACAGCCUCCACACUGCCUCCCCGCUUCCUUCCCACUGCCUCCCUACAUCCUCCCCACUGCCUCCCUACAGCCUCCACACUGCCUCCCCGCUUCCUUCCCACUGCCUCCCUACAGCCUCCACACUGCCUCCCUACAGCCUCCACACUGCCUCCCCGCUUCCUUCCCACUGCCUCCCUACAUCCUCCCCACUGCCUCCCUACAGCCUCCACACUGCCUCCCCGCUUCCUUCCCACUGCCUCCCUACAGCCUCCACACUGCCUCCCUACAGCCUCCACACUGCCUCCCCGCUUCCUUCCCACUGCCUCCCUACAUCCUCCCCACUGCCUCCCUACAGCCUCCACACUGCCUCCCCGCUUCCUUCCCACUGCCUCCCUACAGCCUCCACACUGCCUCCCCGCUUCCUUCCCACUGCCUCCCUACAUCCUCCCCACUGCCUCCCUACAGCCUCCACACUGCCUCCCCACUUCCUUCCCACUGCCUCCCUACAUCCUCCCCACUGCCUCCCUACAGCCUCCACACUGCCUCCCCGCUUCCUUCCCACUGCCUCCCUACAUCCUCCCCACUGCCUCCCUACAGCCUCCACAUUGCCUCCCCGCUUCCUUCCCACUGCCUCCCAACAGCCUCCACACUGCCUCCCUACAGCCUCCACACUGCCUCCCCGCUUCCUUCCCACUGCCUCCCUACAGCCUCCACACUGCCUCCCUACAGCCUCCACACUGCCUCCCCGCUUCCUUCCCACUGCCUCCCUACAUCCUCCCCACUGCCUCCCUACAGCCUCCACACUGCCUCCCCGCUUCCUUCCCACUGCCUCCCUACAGCCUCCACACUGCCUCCCUACAGCCUCCACACUGCCUCCCCGCUUCCUUCCCACUGCCUCCCUACAUCCUCCCCACUGCCUCCCUACAGCCUCCACACUGCCUCCCCGCUUCCUUCCCACUGCCUCCCUACAGCCUCCACACUGCCUCCCUACAGCCUCCACACUGCCUCCCCGCUUCCUUCCCACUGCCUCCCUACAUCCUCCCCACUGCCUCCCUACAGCCUCCACACUGCCUCCCCGCUUCCUUCCCACUGCCUCCCUACAGCCUCCACACUGCCUCCCUACAGCCUCCACACUGCCUCCCCGCUUCCUUCCCACUGCCUCCCUACAUCCUCCCCACUGCCUCCCUACAGCCUCCACACUGCCUCCCCGCUUCCUUCCCACUGCCUCCCUACAGCCUCCACACUGCCUCCCCGCUUCCUUCCCACUGCCUCCCUACAUCCUCCCCACUGCCUCCCUACAGCCUCCACACUGCCUCCCCUCUACGUAUACCUUCCCACAGCCUCCACACUUCCUUCCCACCGUCUCUCCACUGCCUCCACACUACCUUCCCACUGUGUCUCUACAGCCUCCCUACAGCCUCCCCACUGGCUCCCUUUCGCCUCCCUACAGUCUCCCCACUGACUCCCAACAUCCUCCCCACUGCCUCCCCACAGCCUCCUUACCACUUCUUCAUAAUUUGAAAUAUCAGUCCUCCUCGAGGGUUCCAGGUCUUCACAAAUCGCGGAAGGAAGUACCAGCACCUCAUUCUACUCACCUGACCAUUCGAUUUGUAGGAGUGUGUGGCUGGCUUGCAGUUGUGGAGAACUGCAUUGAAUUUUGCAAUUUUGAUUCAUGUCAAGAGGUACUAGUUUAG